CUUCUUGUUUCGUGUCUUCUUACUCGUCGUCAUGUUCUCGGUUCUAGGGCUCACUCUGAUCCUACUCUCCUCCUUUGCCCUUGCUGCCGACCUCUAUAAAGUUCUAGACCUACAUAAAUCUGCGUCAGACAAAGAUAUACGGCAUGCCUACAAGAAACUAAGCAGGAAAUUCCAUCCCGACAAGAACAAGGAUCCUGAUGCGGAAGACAGAUUCGUAGAGAUAGCUCACGCCUACGAAGUUCUCUCGGAUCCAACGAAACGUCAAAUAUACGACCGACAUGGCGAGGAAGGCUUAAAGGCCCACGAAGGAGGCCAGGGUCAAGCAAAUCCCUUCGACGUGUUUUCAAGCUUCUUUGGUGGAGGACACCCAUCAAGUCAAGUACGUCGCGGCCCGACGUCUGUAACCGAAUUCGAAGUGGACCUCGCUGAUAUGUACACGGGCCAAAGCAUAGACUUCAUGAUCAAGAAGCGAAUAUUGUGUGACCACUGUAGAGGAUCAGGCGCUGCAACAGACGGAGACAUACAUACGUGUUCGGGAUGUGGAGGUUCGGGUGUUAAACUCGUCAAGCAACAGAUAUUCCCAGGAAUGUUUGCACAGAGCCAGACAACAUGCAAUGAGUGUGGUGGACGAGGCAAGGUCAUCGCACGUAAAUGCCCUCAUUGCGAUGGACAUAAAGUCAUGGACCACACUGCGCAUUAUACGCUGGAAGUUACCCCUGGGAUGCCGGAGGGACAUGAAGUUGUGUUUGAAGGUGAAGGUGACGAGAGUCCAGAUUGGGAAGCAGGAGACGUCGUUUUGAGAGUGAGGAGCCGAAAGAGCAAAGGCGGUUGGAGGCGAAAGGAGGCAAGUCUGUACUGGAAGGAAACCAUUGGUAUCGAUGAGGCACUCUUAGGCUUUGACCGCAACCUAACUCAUCUUGACGGACAUACUGUCAGGCUACAGCGAAAGGGUGUGACGCAGCCAGGCUUUGUUGAAGUCAUCGAGGGAGAAGGUAUGCCGCGGUUCGAGAACCGCCAUCUUCACGGAGACCUAUUCGUAGAAUAUAAUGUGGUCCUACCGAAACAACUUUCUCCACAACUUCGGAAAAAAUUGACGGAAGCCUUCGCGUCUUCUGGUUCAGUGCGCGAUGAGCUAUAGAGCGCACUAUAGAUCACCAACAUUGUAUUCCUAACGCUGCAAUUUAUUAUCCUUAUUGAUACCAUUCUGGUCAACAUAUCCAGCA